AUGAAUGAGAAAUUUGAAGAAUUUAGUGAAGAAAAGAAGCAACUUCAUAAUACGAUUGAUGAUUUGCAGAAAAAAAAUCAUGAAAUAGCACAAAAUUUGGAAGGAAUGAAAUUAAAAUUUCAACAAAAAGAAAUGAUUGAAGAAGAACAGUUAAUGAUUGCUACGAAUGAUUUAGAAAUUGCAGUAAAACGAGUCGUGCAAAAAUUAAUCGAAGAAAAUAAAAUUCUCUCAGCGAAACUAGCUGAACAAGCUUUGGAAUCUCGUUUACGAAUCGAAGAACUCACGCAAGAGCUUCAGCAUCACGUAGAUUUAGUUAAUCGGUUGGAGAUUCAAUUGAAGGCUCAAUCGGAUUAUGAAGAUAUUAAACGAGAACUAAGGAUUUUGCGUAAUGUUGAAUUUGGCGAAGAAAUUUGGACAAAUGAACGCGAAUCUAUCGAUCAGUUAACAUCUGCUGCAACAGCAACCGCUGAGGUUCAUUUAGGUGGUCACCUUAAAGCGCUUGAUGAAUUACUUAUCGAUAAAAAUCGUAAACUACAAAACGAGAAUGUUGAACAACGAAUGAAAGUUCACGAACUAGAAGAAGGUGAAAAGAAUGAUGAGUCGACUGUUGUCGAUACUGCUGAACGAUUGCAAUCCCUUAUACGAAUGACAAAAGCUUAUCAGGAUAUUGAUAAUAUCGAUGAAGCGACGCAAAAAUGUGCAAAUGAUUUGCUCAAACUUUUGAUGUGUCCAUCGUCUGAUCAUAUUUCCGAUAAUUGUAAUUUAUCCACAUUUAAUAUUAAUGAUAUGCCAAAAUCACCAAAUGAAUCAAAAAUUUUCAAUGAAUUACAAUCGCGUGUGGUACAAAAUGUACAAAAAUUGGGUUCGCGAGCAUUAAAUACCGUGGAAAUAGCGCGUCAGUGUAAACGAUUGAUGGUCACUUACAAUAUUGGACAACGACUCUUCGCGAAAUACGUCAUGAAUCAGGUAGUCAAGUCUCAAGGAUCGCUAAGUGAACUUUUAUCGAAGCCUCGUCAUUGGAAUAAAUUAACUGAUAAAGGUCGCGAAGCGUUUCGCCGAAUGUAUGGUUGGAUAUCUGAUGAGAAAGCCAUUGAUUUGUUAUGUUCAAUUUCACCUCGAAGGGUUCAUCCUGCGGGUGCGUUUUUUUAA